UGAAAAAAAAAAUUGAGUUACUUUCAUUUUCGUCUUCAAAUGGUUUCCUUAAUUACUUUACAAUCUAAAUCACGGUUAAGGUAAAUUAAUAAAUUCUAAAUAACCAACAAUUGGAUUAAAUUUCUUCAUUUGAAUUGUGUCUUUUUCCCGUUCGCCAUUUUGAAUUUCAUUUUCUCUUCUCAUUGUUGUUUACAAUUAGUGUUAAUCUGUUUGUCUCUUCACCUUCAUGUCAAUACAAUUACAAUUUGGAAUAAUUUAUUUAAAUUAACCCAUCAAAUCAACGGGAUCAACAUUUCAAUAAUUUAAUUGUGUGUGAGUGUUACUCUUGAUUACAAACCAGUAAAGUGAAAAUCUUGAUUCACUAUUAAUUUUACCUUGAAAUGGAAUAGAAAAAAUAACAGUUGUGAUAUUAUUUAGUUAACUAUCAGUGAUUGUGAUUAUUUAUUUUCCACUGGAAUCAAGAUCAUCAAUUGACACCAACAACAAUUAUCAUCAUCAUCAACUAAUAGAAGAAAACAAAACAACAAUAACCAAUCAAAUUAAUUAAUUAAUCAUUCAUAGAGAUUAAUAUAACUGACACAUCACCAUAUUUCUCAUUUGUUAUCCACAUUGUGUUAACCAGUUUCUCUUGAUUGUAAUCACUUUUCUCUUGUGUUUAAUUGAAUCAACAACCGAAUUAACAUCAUCACCAUCAACUUCCUCCUUCUCUUUCACUUGUAUUCCAAAAUUCAAGGUUUUCCAUAAAUUUGCCAAUAGUGGAAAUCAUGUUUUUCCUGGUUAAGCUAAUGAACGACCAAUAGAAUUAAUAACAUUAUAAUCAAAAGGAUCAAAAAAGAAAAGAGAAAACCAAAAAGCAAAAAUUCUUUUUGUCGAACUUUUUUUUUCUAUUUGGAAUAUUUUCUUUUUUCUUCUCCUUCCAUCUUCAUAAUCUUUGUUAAUUUGUUCGCAUCACCAGUUGUGUCUCUAAUUGCUAAAAAUACGAAAUAACCUCAAUUCUUUCCAUCAGAUAGACUUGUUGACUCUUUUUUUCUUCGCCUUCUGUUCCCAUGUUAAUCUCUCAGUGAAUCAAAAGUGCACAGUAGUGGAUUUAAUGUCUAAUCAAUUUGGAUUUUCUACCAAAAAAAGAGGAAACAAAUUCAUCACAAUCCAUGUUUUCGUUAUGAUGAUACUUGUUCUCAACCACUAACCAGUCACCUUUACCUUUACACUAAUUUGGAUCUCAAUCUCUCUUUUCUCUUGGUUAUUAAUUAGUAUUUUUUGUGGUUUUUGUGACUAUUUAACUGUCAACAUGAAAUCCAAGAAAAGUUGGUCAUCGAUUCUUAGUUCAAGUAAAACCUGUAUCAUGAAUGAGUCUGAUGUAGAUCAGGCCAGUGUUUCUGGUACGGUCAACAAAGGUUUCGUUGAUAUACCCUUAGGUCAACUUGAGAAUCAAUCUUUCGAUGAAUCGCCUAAUAAAACAGAUAAUUUGAUUCCUUUCACGAGGAUUCAUUCAGUGCCAACGGCUUUUUAUCUUCCUUCUGAGCCAACAUUAAUUCCAGAAGUUCCUAUCAGUGCGAAGUUCAUCGAAACCACCGAGGCACCAAAUUCCCAUUAUAUCGACCAAUACUUAUACAGUUAUGAACUAAAUCAUGGACCAUUUACCUGGAUUAUUCGUAAAAAGCACAGUAAUUUUCUCUAUUUACAUCAACAGUUGAAACUUUUUCUAGCAACUUUAUCCUUACCAUUAUCUUCGAGAGGUAAAAGUGUCAAACGUCGUAGUGUUAUGGAUACAAGUGGAACCAGGAAAGGAUUACCUGAAAUCUCAUUCAAACCUGAUACAUUUUUAGCACCUGAAGAGCUUCGCAAUCGACCAAAAAUGCUGGAAGAGUAUUUAAACGCACUGCUAUCUAUUCAAGGAUUUCGUGAACACGAGUCAACCCUUAAUUUCCUUGAGAUCUCACGACUAUCAUUUGUUAAUCAACUUGGACAUAAAGGGUUGGAAUCAUUUGUCCAGAAAAAAGAUGGUGGUCACACUAUGGUCAAUUGUUGUAUUCGUGCCAAAUAUAUUUUCUCAACCAUGGCCAUGACCCAACGGAAACGUUGGUUACUCUUAAAAGAUUCAUUUAUUGCCUAUUUACAUCCCACUACCGGUUCAAUUCGCUGUGUCCUCCUCAUGGAUCGUCUAUUCAGUGCAAUUUACGAUCCCAAAGUUACUGGCGAUUUGUACUCAGUUCGAAUAACUAAUUUAUCUCGAGAUCUUGAUAUUAGAUGUUGGACCAAAAGACUUGCAUCUGAUUGGAGUGAGACUAUUAACCGAACUGCAGCUACUCUGGGUAAGGAUUACACCCAACCCAAUAGAUACGAAUCAUUUGCACCUUUACGUCCUAAUACACCCUGUCAAUGGUUCGUCGAUGGUGUUUCAUAUUUCGAAGCAGUUGCCGCAGCGUUAGAAUCAGCGAAAGAAGAAAUUUUCAUCACUGGUUGGUGGUUAAGUCCAGAAAUCUAUAUGAAAAGACCAGUAAUUCAUGGUGAUACAUGGAGACUGGACAUCAUUUUAUCUCGAAAAGCCUCACAAGGAGUAGCUGUUUAUAUUCUUGUUUACAAAGAGAUCGAACUUGCCCUGCAAAUAAGCAGCUUAUAUACGAAAAAAAUUCUCAUGGGCCUACACCCAAAUAUCAAGAUUCUCCGUCACCCUGACAUCGUCAAAGGAGCAACAAUUUUCUGGUCUCACCAUGAGAAAGUUAUUGUUAUCGACCAGCAAAUAGCAUUUGUUUCAGGUAUUGACCUUUGUUAUGGACGUUGGGAUACAUAUCAACAUCGUCUCACCGAUUUAGGCGACAUCUCAAGUAAUAGUGACUUUAAAAGUGAUAAAUCAAGUGAUAGUGUUAAAGAAAUCAAUAAAAAUGGUGAAACAAAUAAAAAAGUUGUUGGUAAAAGUGAUAAUCCAACUUUAUUCAGUGUAACUUGUGCCUUAAUGAAUGCAAAGCACAAAGAAAAUCAAGCCAAAGGUGUUGAUAAACCAUUCAAAAACUCGGUCAGUUUUCUAGUCUCUGGAUUAAAAGACAAUGAGUCAAGAUUAAAGAGCAAUGAAAUAGAGCCAAAUGGUAACAAUAACAAUUGUAAUCCAAGUAAUACCAACGAUAACAGUAAUCAACGUCCAACUGUUAGUUCACAAACGCUAAAUCGUGUUGUCGCUAAUUUGAAAAAAUUUCGACGUCACACAAUAAUUCGUAGAACUUCAUCUUUAGAUUCUCUUGAUGAUAUUGAACUUUCCGAGACUGAAAAGAAAGUUGCCCUGAGGCGAACCCCGAGUGAACUUGGAUUGACCAAUCUCUCUGGUGGGAAUAAACUUUGGAUUGGUAAAGAUUAUUGUAAUUUUAUUGCCAAAGAUCCUUGUGAUUUUAAUAGGCCCUUCGAGGACAGUAUUGAUCGGCGAAAAACGCCUCGAAUGCCUUGGCAUGAUGUUGGUAUGGUGGUCGAAGGUAAUGCAGCUCGGGACGUCGCAAGACAUUUCAUCGAACGUUGGAAUUUUACCAAAUGUCAAAAGGCCCAAUUUCACUCAAAAUAUGACUGGUUAUGCCCUAAAUCGACUAAUGAUCUUAACAUGCCAUCAAAAUCGACGGAAGAUGAACCUUUAUACGCAACAAUAUCAUCGUUUUCAUCAUCAGCUGAGACUGAUGUUCAAAAUCAAUUAAAUCAGACUAAUGAUCAGCAACAAGUUCUUUGCAGUUUCCGAGCUGAAUGUCAAUUGGUUCGAAGUGUUUCCGACUGGUCAACCGGAACCAAGUUUACAGAAUCAUCAAUUUACGAGGCAUAUAUUGACAUAAUUGACAAUUCUCGUCAUUAUAUUUACAUUGAGAAUCAAUUUUUCAUCACCAGAUCCGGAGGAUUGAAAAAGUAUCCACGAGAAGUGAUUAAUGAAGUUGGUGAAGCUUUGGUGAGACGGAUAAUCAGAGCUUAUCGAGCUAAUGAAACUUUCCGAGUUUUUAUCAUUAUUCCCUUACUACCAGCGUUCGAAGGCGAAUUGGGCACAUCAACGGGCGUUAAUUUAGAAGUAAUUACUCACUGGAAUUUAAAAUCAAUUUGUCGUGGUAAUGAUGCUCUUCUUCAACGAUUGCAACGAGAAAUUGGUGAUACAACAAAAUACAUUUCGUUUCUCUCUUUAAGAAAUCACGAUGAACUUAAUGGUAAACCUGUUACCGAGUUGAUUUAUGUUCACAGUAAAAUUAUAUUAGCUGAUGACCGAGUAGCACUUAUUGGUUCAUCUAAUAUAAACGAUCGCAGUCUAACGGGAUCUCGAGAUAGUGAGGUCGCUUGUGUUAUCCGUGACACCGAGAUGGAAGAUGGUUUAAUGAAUGGUGAACCUUAUGAAUGCGGUAAAUUUAUUGGAUCACUUCGUCGAUAUCUAUUCCGUGAACAUCUUGGUUGUUUACAGAUUAAAAGUGGAUCUAAAUCAUCACGAAUCGAUGUUCGUGACCCCAUUUCGGAUGCAUUUUAUUUUGAUACUUGGCUAAAAAUUGCCCACAAAAAUACUGAAAUUUAUGACCAAGUAUUUGGUGUUAUACCUUCAGAUGAAGUUCACAAUUAUGAACAAUUAAGACAACGGAAAGCAACACUUUGGCUUGUCGAUACAAAUAUCGAACUUGCUAGAACCAAAAUUGAUCAAAUUAAAGGUCAUCUUGUUUGUUUUCCUUUCAACUUUUUGAAAGAUGAAAAUCUUGAGCCUAGUCCAGGGACCAAAGCAUCACUCGUGCCCUCAACAGUUUGGACCUAACAAUAAUUGGACUUUAUAUUCAUGGACAACUAAUCAAAUUAACUAACAAAAUUUUCCUGUGAUAAAAACUCUAUAUAUUAAUAUAAUGAUUAAUCAAAUACAAACUUGUCAAGUCAACAGUGAGAAAUAUAUCUAAUAUUUAUCAUGUUAGAAGAUCUAAAAUAUAUUCAUCAUCUAAUAAAUGGUAUAAGGAAAUGGCAGCAGAUUGAUCAGCAACAAUAAUAAGAAGAAAAUCUCAUGAUAAAAUGACCACGAGAAAAAAACGAGUGAACCAAAGGAGAUCAAGAUGAUUCUUAAGAUGAGAAGAAAAAAAUCCCUAGCAAGAUACAUUGUACAUUAUAUGUAUUUGGAAUCAAAGUCAAUCCAUCCAACUGAUGAUAAUCAUUUUCAUCCUCAGAUCAUUUCUCCUUCCUUUCCAAGAAUCGACCAUAGAUGCAAAGGAUAAGAAUUCUGAGGAAGAAAAAAAAAGAGAGUAUUCUCAGGAACCGUUUGGAGAUGGAAAAAAAAUCACAGAUCAAGAAUCCAUGAGAAAUGAAAGGAAGAGUUGAGAGAAAUCAAGAAGGAAGAGAAGAAAAAAAGUAAAACAAUCUCCAUCUCCACGACUUCUCGUUAAGCAUAAGUGACCCCUUCAUCUCAGGUCAUCUCAUCUUGAUGAUUACUUGACUGUGAUUAUAUUUUUUCUCAUCCUGCUGCUGUUUCUGCUGAUUCUAGUUGCAAUUGCAUCUGAUUUGGUUUCUUUUUUUUCCUGCCUGUUCUCACUUGCAUUUCCUUUUACCAAAGAUCAGAAACCUGUGAUGAUGAUGAUAAAAAGUCAAGCCAUGUCAAAGGAGAAAAGAGAAAAUCUUAUAGUCAAAAUACUGAGAAAAUAUUUCAUACAGUUUGAAACAGAAAGAUGAUUCGAUGGAGAAACAAAAAAAAACUUGGAGUCAGUCAGAAAGAUGAAGCUGAUGAUGAUGGAGAAAAAAUCAAAUCAAAUCAACUAAACCUUCUUGAACUGAAAUUACUUUUUACUAUGUUUUCACUCAUGACAUUUGCUGUUAAUGCUACUGUUGAUGAUAUAAUAUCAGUGAUAUUACUGCCUUUCAAAUCCAUUCCUAAAUAUCUUCUAAUAUCCUACUUUUUCUCGAUUUAUCCUUCCCACUCCCACUCCCAAUCUUCCUUUUGCCUUGUUUUUGCAACUUUUACUCUGGUCAAGCAUUUUUAUCCUAAAUAGGGAAGGAGAAGAAAAAAAGAUUCAAGAAUUAACUUUUUAUUGAAGGAAAAUCACAUAAUCAUCACGCUAUAAGUCAAUGUACCUUUUUGUACUCUGUAAAUUCACAAUGCAUAAUAGCCUUAAGCAGUUGUUGCUGUUGAUGAUUAUUUGAGUAACAACUUGAUGAUUGGAAAUCUAACUGAAAUAAUCAUGGAUUUUGCGAUUUAUAUACAAUGUACUCGAAGAGGAUGACACAAAAACGAAAGAAAAAAAAUCACACCAAUGGUUGACUGAGAAUCAAUUGACUUUUAAUACUAGACAAUUAUCUUGGAUACAAUUUUCUCUGGACUCUUUUUUUUCACGAACCAAUGUCAUCAAAGUGAAAGCAAAAUCAAAACAAAAGGGAAAAAGAAAGAAAAGAAAGAGAUGGAAAAACAAUCAUUGCUGAUGAUGAUGGUGAUGAAAAAACAAACGGAUACAAUCAACUAAUAACACUUAGUGAUCUCAUCAAUCAUCAUCUGGUAUCUUUGGUCCUGCUUUGACAUUUGGACUCGACGUGUUUCAAUAUUGCCUCAUUGGUUUAUCUCUCUUGAUUUCCAAUUGUUUCAUAAAAUAAUUUCAAAAAAUGAUAUUUGCUCAGUCACAUAUUCACAGGAAUCCAUAAGUGUUACAUGAACCAAAGAUGAUAAAGAGGAAGAAGAAAAGAAAUCAAAUCGUGAGACUGUCAUCAUCCAUCCAAAGGGAGACAUUCAAGACAGUUGAAUAUCUGUUCAAUAUUCAAGAUAUAAUAAUUUCCAUUGUAAAAUCAUUUGUUGAUUUAUUUAUUUUUUCCUCUUCCCAAUCAAUACAAAUUCAUGUGUUAAUACUAUUUCCUGUUCCAUGAUAUUCUGAAUUUUGCCUUUUUUUAUUAGCAUCUUGAUGCCAAAUCUUUGGAAACACCGUUUUAUUUAUAAUCACAACUACAACUGAUUAACAUGCAAAUUAAUUGUAUUUUGAUGGUUUUCAUCUUUUAACAAUCAAUCUGAUUGCAAUCAACUCUCUCGUCCUUUUUGUAUUAUUUUAAUCAUUGUCAUCUUAUCCCUUUAUCCCUUGUCUUAUGUAUACCAACAAUCAAGUUGAUUGCCAAUCAAAGCAAAUUGUAUAAUCUUAGGUUCUCAUAAUAAUGGUUAUCCAUUUAAAUAGUCAACUAAUUAUCUCUGGUGAAAAAUAGAGAUGAUUUUUUUUAAUUGUAAUCAUGUGAAAA